GCUGCGGCACAAAACAGUGAGUAACGCGGAGAUGGCGUUUUGGCCCCUUUCACAGAUGUCCUGUAUUUCUUUACCUGUGCAGGGACUGGAUCCUGUCCCCGUGCUUAGGAUGCCUCCCAGGAUCAGGAGGCUUGCACUGUAUGCCCUCUCACUCGCCGUGCUCGCAUGCCUCGCGUACCUAAAGAAGGAGACCAAGACCCUGGUGUCUCCGGCCAGCCGCAUGCCGGACGCCCCCAACGCCAGGCGCGUGUUUUGGGCCGCGGGGCAGACGGGACCCAGCCGGUGCUCACCAAACCUGGCCGUUGCCAACUCCUCCCGGGCUCUCCCGGAGCUGCACCGCACCUUCCUGAUGUACAGGCACUGCAGGAACUUCCCAACGCUGCUGAGGCCCACGCGGUGCAGCCAAGAGACCUUCUUGCUGCUGGCGAUCAAAUCUCCCCCCAUCAACGUGGACCGCCGGAUUGCCAUCCGCAACACGUGGGGGAAGGAAGUGACCGUCAGCAGCAAGCUGGUCAGGCUGGUGUUCCUGCUCGGGCGGGCCGAGGCCAACACCCAGGCUCACUCCCUCCGCCAGCUGCUGGCUUACGAGAGCCAGGAGUUUGACGACGUGCUCCAGUGGGAUUUCGCCGACAACUUCUUCAACCUGACGCUGAAGGAGCUGCACUUCCUCCGCUGGUUCGUGGCCGACUGCCCGCACGCCAAGUUUGUGCUGAAAGGCGACGACGACGUCUUUGUCAACACUUACAACAUCGUCGAGUUCCUCGCGGAGCUGGACUUUGAGCAGGACCUCUUUGUCGGAGACGUGAUACACCAGGCCCGUCCCAUCAGAGACACCAGGGUCAAGUAUUUUAUCCCGGAGGCGAUGUACAGAAAGCCCCACUAUCCUCUCUACGCCGGCGGGGGCGGGUUCGUCAUGUCCCGGAGGACGGUGCGGCGACUGCAGCGCGCCGCCGAGGACACGGCACUCUUCCCAAUAGAUGACGUCUUUGUGGGGAUGUGCCUGGCAAAGAUGGCCGUGAUCCCGGUGAAGCACCCGGGCUUCAAGACCUUUGGGAUCCAGAGACCUUUCAAUCCCUUUGAUCCCUGUUUGUACAAAGAACUGAUGAUCGUGCACAAACUCACCCCCACCGAGAUGUGGAUCAUGUGGGCGCUGGUAAAGGACGACAGCAUUAGGUGUGCUCUCUCGGUGACGCGCGGUUACAGGACCGGCUGAAAACGAGACUGCUGACGCUGAGCGGGAGUGAGAUGUUGACUGCGGUGGUAGCGACAGGGUGCUUAAACUGAUUAAAAACAAAGCUGUAGUGGAGGAUGCUCUUUUGUUUAACAGACUGUAGCGGGAUGGUAGGAUAACACUGUGCAACAUGCCUCUUGCAGCGUCAUGUCUAGCUGGGGCACGAGACACGGCACAGCCGAAUGCAACACGGGAAAGGGAGGGGUUAGCUCCGGGACUCUCCUCGCCUGCUUCCACC